GGUUCGGUCUCGCUGCAUGUACAGCACACGUUCUUACGGCUUCGACAGUGGAAUCUGUGUGGUUUACUUCCCUUUCGAAUCGCCUCAGUCUACUGAAGACGUGUACCCCAUCGGGAAUCGAUAUCAUCUGUACCUUACGCCUUCGCGAUGACUUCAUGAUGAGUCCCGUGCCGAGCCACACUCCGCCAGGGGGGAGGCGAUCUAGGAGCAUCCUGGGGCUUGCAUUUGGAGGGCCCAACCUUCAUCACAGGUCACAGCAACGGCUGAGCCGAAGGCAGAUCAAAGGCGCCAACUCGGUGUAUCGUCUUUUGUCCGUUAUGGUGCCUCCCGAUUGGUGGAUUCUCCCUCCACCUUGGUUCCGGAGAUCACUCGACUGUCAGCGCCGCUGAUCAAUCUGACAAUCUAGGAUCCUCCGCCAGCGUUGCUUACGGUUGAAGCAGGCGUUCAGUGAGGGCGAGUGAGGCGCUACAGUGUGCUAGGCCGUGUUCCAAGGUACUGUACUGUGCGACGUCCGAGACGAGACUCGUCGCGUCCAUCGGACCCGGCCCGACUGGGAGAGCUGCCCCGGAUGGCCAUAAAGCACCGUCGUCUGCUCCCUGCAUCUCAGCUACCCGCCGAUUAAUAACCCUCCCAGCAUCGCUCGUUCUUCUCACCUCAACGACAGGCAAGGGCCUUCAGUCACGGGGUACACCAUACCAACAGACUGUUGACCUAGCUCGACGGAAAAUGGCAGCAACCGAGUUGAUGACCGACUCACGCCUCCACUUCUCCUCCCGGCAAUCGCGGGCUGUUCUCGCCACGUGUCGCAAGGAGCAGGUCCCUUCCUUUCGCCUCGUGCACGGCAGCACGGAUCUCGAUCUACUCGCGCUGGAAGGCUGCCUCUCGCUGCUGGACGCUCAGCGCGAACUCAAUGCGAUCCGCUGCGAACAGUUCGUUACCAGGUUACAGUCGUUCCUGAGGGAGGGAGAGAGUGAUGGCGACGAAUUGCGACACGACUGGGAGUCGGGCAGCGGGAGGAGAAUGGCGUCUCGCUACAGUCACAGUCGCGAGGCAGCGGCGGCGGGGGCUGGCGAGAUCCCUCGCGCGCAGUCAGCGCCGGAGAUCGGCGGCCACAGAGCGCCACGCAGCACCCGCCGUAGCAGCAGCCAUGCCGGUCGGAGCGCCAGGAGCCAAGGGCUGGCCUCGAAUGUCCGCCUCACGCGGUGGGCUUCCUGCGAGCAGCGUCCCCGCGAGGGCGGCGAUGGGUGGUGAAGCUCUCACAGCAAGCAUGCAUGGCUCCUAUCGUAAUACUGGGGGGGCCUCAUCACAGAAUGCGUGCAGCUGUACAUAGUUUGUGUUCCACUGGCUGUGGAUUUGCUGCACUGCACGGCUUCUUACCUGGACUAUCAUGCAUCUAUACUGGAAA